AUGGCGGACACGCGGCUCUAUGAAAUUCUCGGUGUUUCGCCGAGUGCGAGCGAUGUGGAGAUAAAAAAGGUAAACUAGGAAGAUUUAUGAAAUUAAGAAUAGUACUUGGGGGCUUCAUAAACGAUUUAUCUGACGUUAACUUUGUCAAAAUCGUCUAAUUUGUUAGGCUUACAGGAAGCUCGCGAAAGAGUAUCACCCCGACAAAAACCCUGACGCAGGCGAUAGAGUAAGUUAGUUGUCUUUGAAUUUGUUAAUGUUUUGAACUCGUUAUUUGCCUUCUUGUCCUUCUAACGUCAACUUCUUGUCUCUAGUUUAAGGAAAUAAGCUUCGCUCACGAGGUACUUUCGAACCCUGAGAAACGCGAACUUUAUGACAAAUAUGGAGAGAAGGGAUUACGCGAAGGCGCUGGUAUGGGUAAGUAAUUUUGACACCGCUCGGUUCCUUAUUUUAGCUGCAUUUGGACUGAUCUUUUCAUGCUCAGAAACUGAAAUUGCUCAUUAUUAAAUCUCCACUUGAAACGUGACGUGAUGUAUUUUACUUUGGCUGAAACGAACCUUGAAUUGUCUCCGAUUUGCAUCAGCAUGCUUCUCUUCUUAUAAUAUCAUAAACCUUUUUCCCUUUUCAUUUCCUCAGGUGGGGGUAUGGACGAUCUUUUGUCGCAUAUUUUCGGUGGUUUUGGCGGUGGAAUGUUCGGUAAGUCGAUAUUUUGAUCGUGUUGGCGCCGUAACAUUUACUGCUCUAAGCAUGUUUAGAAUGGACGAAAAUGCCAAAAAAACCAACUUUACCGGAAGUGGAUUAAAGCUAAGAACUGAAGAAACUGACAUUUCUUGUGGACAUUUCAUGACUCUAGUAGGUCGUAAAUAUAAAAUUGGUAACAAUUUGGAAACAUUUUCCCGUAUAAAUUCGUGUUUAUUGAAAGAUGGUUCGGCCAUGCCUUGCUAAAGCCACUCAAUUGACAGUAUGAAGUCGUCUUUUAGAGAGAUAUUGUUGUCGAGAGUUCGAUAUCAGCCCAAGUUUUGAAAGUCGGUGAUGUAUUAAGAACAUUCCAUCCAAAUUUUCGGCUCCUUUGGGUUGCUACGUCAUUGAAUAAUCCUUUUAUCUUGUUUAGCUGGGGGAAUUUCUGUAAUGCUUAGUUAUCGCGAAAUUUCUACCCUUUAAUGGGCUAAAAAUCGGUAUGAUAUAAGUAUAGAUGAGCUCACAUUAUGGAUAGAAUUUUGGCUUUAAAUGAAUUUGUUGUGCAACCACGGUUACUAAAAAUAACCUUAUUUUAUGGAAUCGUAAUAUAGCUGUAAGUGUCAUUAUUUAUAAUGUAUACAUUCAGAAAGUAGACUUUAUUGUGUUGUCUAUCUGUGGAAAAUUGAUGACCAUGGCCUUUACAAAUGUAUUUUGUUUCUUUAUGCUGAAAAAUAACACGCUCUUCUUAAUGUAACAAAUAUGUCUUGUCUCCAAGGUAACUAGUGCUAUGAAGGUGUCAUGAUUUUGAGGUCUCCUAAACAAAGCCUAGUUUACAUGAUCUCUGUUAAAUUUGAUUAGAUUUAGUCAAAUAUUAGUUGUAAUAACUGUACUUCAGUUAUGCUCUGUCAUGUUGAGAUAACAACACUCCUUUGAACUUUCUCACUGAUCAUAUAGUCUUCCCAUUAUGUUUUAAGUAGAUCUUUGUAGAUCAGUUCUUCUGUGAAAGUUUAAUCAUGUAUAGCGUUUCAUUAUUUUUAGCAACAGUUUUGUUUUAACCCUUUGACACUUUAUAUUUAAUUCUGCGAAAUCAGGGAUCAAAUUAAAUUUAUGUUGAAGAAGCCCAACUUUUAAUCACUAAUCUUUAGUUACAAACAUUCAAAGCCAAAAUGAGUUCUCUUAUUCAAAUAUUGUUCUGCAUCAAAAGUGCAAUUUUAAUGGAACAUAUUUGUUACACUUGCACAUGUACUGUUAACCAUGCAGCUGUGCGAGAUUUCUAAAAGAUUAAGCAAUAUCAUGCCUGUCUGAACAUCAAGGGAAUUUUUAAAUUGGUUUUGCUGGAUGAAAGCUAUCUCUGAAUUUAAUUAUUUUUUAAUAUUUAGCUGUGUUCACCAUUUUAUCUUCUGAAGAAUUUCAGAAUUAUGUUGUAAUUAAACCUUGAAGGGUCUAGAUCUUAAUACAAUUGAGCUACAUGAAACUGCCAAAUUUGGAAGGCCAGGUUUUUCAAGUUCUCUUUUAAUGUACCUGUGUAUUUGCAAUUUGCAAAUGAAUUGAGUUAGUGGGAGCUUUUUGAUUCCUUUUGGUUUUUAAUAGGAAUUUGUCAUUUGUUGUCAUUGUUCACCGGUAUUCAUUUACACCAUGCCAUGGCUGUGUAACCGCCCAAUUUUUUGUAUAGUAGGAUUUGCCCAUAAGUUAUCUUUCCUCAAUGGUUACUACUCUAAUGAAAACCCUUUCAAAUGGUCUAUCAACCAAUCAUAAGGCUGAGAAGAAUGUGAACAAUAUCAAGAAACCAUUUUAAAUGUAUUAUUUUACAUCAGUUCAUUUUAAACUUCUGAAGUAUGAUUAUACAACAAGUAUAUAUUUUCUUACUUAUUAUUCGUAUUAGUGUUGUAAAUAUCUCUUUGAAGUUCUUUGAUUUAACUUAGUAUGGUGGGGGUAUUGCAUUUGAUCAUAUCUAGUCACAUUUUUGAUCAUAUCUAGUCAUAUUUUUGAUCAUAUCUGUCAAUAUUUUGCAUUAUGUAUUAAGCAGCAGUUAUGUGAAAAGCUAUGGCAACAGCCCUGAAAGUAAUUCUAAACAAUGAGUGGCCACUAAGUCACUGAUAGAUGAAUAGUGUAGAAAAGUUCAAGACUUUUGUCUUCAGGAAUAAGAACAAUCUUGUUCUUAAUUUUGGGUUAGAUUUUUUAACUUUUAAAAACGACCAUUUUAUUAUACCCUAAACCCUGUAGCAUCCUAUAUAUGAUAGCUAGCUCUUUACAUUGGCCUCUUUCAUCUGUUCCCAAGGUGCAUGGCUUAAGAUUGUGACUGAUACUGGAACCAUUGCAAAUAACAUUUCCUUGCUAGCAACUAAAAGUUUUGGUCUGGUCGCCACCUUGGCAACUGAAUUUUUGUCAGUUUGAAAUUAAAAGUUAUAUAAUUUAAGUUCGGAGGAGCCUCGUAUUGUUGUUAAGGAAAUUUGCUUAAAUUCCAACCCCUUUUUCCUCACACUUUUGCACAAGUGAUCACUGUUCCUCCUUUUUACAUGGAUGCAGAAUUUCAAGUAGGUCAUAACAGUACAACUUGUAUUUUAAAUCUGGCCCCUUUGGUUGUUACAAGAUGUCUGUCAAAAGAGAACUUUUAAAGUACUAUAAAUCAUAACAGUAGUGAAUUAUUUUUGUUCAAUUUGUUGUAUUUUUAAGGUGGUGGAGGACUCAGACAAAGAAGAAGGCGAGGAGAAGAUCUCUUCCAUCCUCUAAAGUAAAGAUAAUUCUUUUCUGUUUUUCUCAUUGGGUAUUACCAUAUUGUUACUUAUUUUUGCUGGACUUAAUUAUUGUAAUUUUUUACAAUUGUCAAAAAAAUCACAGAAUUAAAGACCUGUAUAAAGAGCUUUGGCUCAUUAUUGAACACCCUACUUUCCCAGAGAACAUGGAUGCACAAUUGGAUGUAGUGUACAAUCAGAGAAAAUGCCAGCACAAAUUGCAUGUCUUAUGUAGUAAUCCCUACAGCACUGUAUCUGAGUUAUGUUGUGUAUUGUAUAAUUUGAGCAAUAAUUUUUUAGUAUGUGUUUCAAUCAAAUUUAGCUUUUUGUAUUUGAUUCUGUAGGGUUACAUUAGAAGAUCUUUACAAUGGAAAGUCAACCAAAUUACAACUCAGUAAGAAUGUGAUCUGUGCAGUAUGUAAGGGGUAAGGUUACUCAUUGUUUAACUUUGGUCAUACACUAUCAACAGUUCAUCGGUAAUUGUCAUUUAUUUGCAGUAACUGAAAUGUUUUUAAUUACCAUCAACAACUAUCAAUUUCUGAACAACAAUGAAGUUUUUGACAAGCUUUUGAGAUUUUCAUAAUGCCACAUUAUAUAUCAUUCAGCAUGUGAAACAUAUUUAAGCAAUGUGUUCAUACUUCAAGUUUUUUCUUAAUGUGAGAUGACUAUCCACAGGCUUACUUUUAAAAACUCAAAUGUCUGUGAGUCAAUGGAAAUUGCUUGAAACACAUUUUUUUUAAUUACUGCCGCAAUAAUCCAAUGUUUACAACCAUGCAUGUAUUGCAGGGUUGGUGGAAAAGCUGGAGCUGUGCGAACAUGUCAGGGGUGUAAAGGGAGGGGAAUAAAAGUGACUAUUCGCCAAAUUGGUCCUGGAAUGGUUCAGCAGAUGCAGUCUACCUGUAAUGAAUGCAGUGGGGAAGGUAAGGGAAUGGUGAGACUGAGGAUAUACCUUAGGUACUUUGAUUUGUUGUAAGAAUGUGCAAAAUGAUGAAGAACCAUGGGCUAAAUUAAAAGUCUGACAGCUUUGUUUGACGAAAUUUCCAUGCUGCCUUCCUGCUGAUUGCACACAGGUCACCCUCAACACCACACAAGACCAGGGAAAAAUUGGAUGGUGGUAAUUUAUGAUGACCUUGAAUGAGUAGAUGGAAUACUCAUUCCCAUAUGGAGAGCCAGUUAAUUGUGAAUUAUUUGAUCAAUUUGAGUUCAUUCCUUAAUCAAAUGCACUUUGCUAUUCAAGUUGAUUGUGUGACUAGGAUUUAGUAAGAGAAAUGAAAUGCAUUCAUGUAGAUGUUAUGUGAUGUUUUGAUUACUUCUGUACAAACUUUGUUCCUGUUGCUCUAUUAAUAACUUUUCAGGUGAAGUACUCAAUCCCAAGGACAGGUGUAAAAAAUGCCAGGGGAAAAAAGUUGUUAAAGAAAGCAAAAUAUUAGAGGUAAAGUACUGAGUUAUGGUUCACCACUUACUAGAAAAAAAUAAUUGGAUGGGUGAAAGUUGUAAAUGGUAAAUCGAAAAACUGUGAUCAUUUGUUGGAGAUGCUAUUCUAAUUACAGAAUGAAAUGUAAAGAGAAUGGUGAUAUUCAUUUGUAUGAGCAUGGAACAAAGAAAAAAGUGACACCCUCCAAAGUAUUCAAGAAUUACAUGCGAGACUCUCUAUUUUGCUGCUAGGUGCGCUACCUUUGAGUUUUAGAGAAGUCUUUGGAUUGCAAAAUUGUAUACUUGUUUCAUAUGUGAUAUGCUAGUGAAAAAUGAAUGAUAUUUUUAAUUAUCUACAACUGGAGUAUACAAAAAAACCUGAAAAUUAUCAUGUUAAUUAUCUUUGUACUUAGAAUGGACCAUUGUAAAAGUGAGCCUUGUAUCUCAAAAGUUUUCUCGGUUUCUUGCAGGUUCAUGUAGACAGGGGUAUGAAUGACAGUCAAAAAAUAACAUUUAGAGGAGAGGGAGACCAGGAGGUGAGCAUUAAGGGUAUGAUGAUUGCUGAAUUGAUGUUUACCAUUCAAGCAAAUCUAAUCCUUUUAUCAUCUGUUUUUUUUUAAUGUACAAAGGUUCAAGAGAACGUUAAAAUAAGCAUGACGGUAGUCUAAACUAACACAUAUUAGCCUUAUUAACACAUUAUUAGCUGUCCAAAUUUAAGCAAGUACUAAGAACUUGGCAAACAAAAAAAUGAAGCACUUAUCACAUAACCUCGAGAGGUGUACUCAAAUGGUAUCUAUUCUGGCUAUGCAUCAGUGCAAACUGAUGUCUCAAAUCAUGUGUGACAAUGUGUUCAAUUCAGGAGGGAUUUCUUGAUGCAUCAGAAUCAAAAACACUUGAUUACACUUUAGUGGUGUGUACUACAUUUUCCUUUGUCUGCUCCAGCUGUUGUUUUUGAAGCUUAUCAAAUUGAAUCGAAAGCUGAAGCUAAGAAAAAAGAAGUACAUUGUAUUUUUACUAAAUGUUUCAUUUGUCGCAGUCACCAAACAAGUCAGAUCUGUACAUUUGUUAUUUAGAUCAGAGCUACUUAUUCUUAUUAUGGCUUUGAUAUGUCUGUGGUAUCUUGCAUGCAUCAUUGAAAGAAAAUGUGAAUAGGAUUUUUUGUCCACCUUUUAGUGUUGGACAGGAUUUGUACUUAUUUAAAGGUUUUGUCCUUCACACAGCCUGGUGUUGAACCCGGUGAUGUUAUUCUGGUACUACAACAGAAAGAUCAUGAAUUGUUUACACGUCAGGGUGAUGAUUUGUUUAUGACCAAGAAAAUUCAUCUGGCAGAAGCUCUGUGUGGCUUCCAUAUGGUGAUCAAACACUUGGAUAAAAGAAAUUUAGUUGUAAAAUACCCUGCUGGACAGGUUAUUGAACCAGGUUAGAUUUGAAACUGUAUGUCUAUCCAUUUGUGCUGCUGUCUUUCCAUUCAUCAACUGUCAUUGUUGAGUUUUAAUGGUGGCUGUAUUGAAUACUUUUCCUUUUAGACAAAGAGAAUUUAUUUACAUCAAUGUAUUUUUUUGUAUUGUUGAUUCAUCAUAAAGGAUUUUUCGGUAAUAAAGCAGCUAUUUUUGUUGUAUUUUUCCAUGGCUUAGGUUGCAUAAGAGGUGUGGUUGGAGAGGGUAUGCCAGCGUACAGAAGACCCUAUGACAGGGGAAAUCUCUAUGUUAAAUUUGAAAUUGAAUUUCCUCCAAACAAUUUCAUACCGGGUGACAAAAUUUCUGUGAGUACCUAUUUUUUGUGUGUUCACCAAUUUUCUAAGAUUUUCCACUAUUCAAGAUCUUCUCUUAUUUGGUAUCAGCAUCCUUCAUGUUGGAAGAGUCAUGAUGUAGAAAUUCUACUAUGAGUGGUAUUGCAAGGUUUUCAGUGGAAUACAUUGGCUGUUAUCUCAUAGAAAAGUCCUCCAACAUAUUUCCGUUGGCUCCCAUUUGUCACUCUAAACUCAUAUUUAUGUUUAGGUUAAUAUUGCUCUCAAAGUGAAAAAGCAAAAAAUUCACCCAAGGAAAUGUCUGUACUUGUUAUGAUGUGAUUUUUAUCAAACAGCAACGGUUAUUUAUCAUGCAAGAAGCUAUUUAAGUUCUUCAGCAUUAACAAAUUGUUGAAAUAAUUUGUUUUGAGUUCAUACAUUCAACUGUUAGGGGCAAGUGAUGGUAAUAAUUUUGAGCGUGUUAUUCUUUCUUUUUCCUCUCCCAAUAUCAAUUUCAGAUUAACUUUUGAAAUCAAAGUCACUUGCCUAGUUACAUGUCGUCACCUUUAUUCUGGGAGAAAUGUUUGUUUUAUGCACUUUUUAUUUACCUUUCACAAGCAAACAAUACAGGAGGAUUGCACAUAAAACACUUUUCAAUUGUAUUUUGGUUAAUUAUGCAGAAAACAUCAUAUUAAGUUAUUCUUGCUUUUCCUCAUACCAGUUACUAGAAUCAUUACUUCCUAGUCGGCCUAAACAACCAUCACCAGCUGAGGAUGCGGAAGAAGUGGACCUCAUGGAACUUGAUCCAAGAUACAGUCAAAAAAGGAGAGAAGCAUAUGAGGAUGGCAGUGAUGAUGAAGCAGGCCAUGGACCUCGUGUGCAGUGUGCACAUCAGUAAUUAGAACUCUUUAAGGAACUACUUUGCCUGGCAGCAUUUUAAGCCUGUUCCUGUGAGCUAUUUGGGCAUUCUAGAGUUAAAAUAAUUUCAAUUCCUUUUUGACAUAAAUUUUCUGAAACUUGUCAUAUUUGACAUCAUGUUGUGAAGUAGUUCACUUGUUCAACCAAGACCCUGGCUUCUAGUGUAGUUUUGUUUUGUUAUGAGCUAAAUGUAAAGUAAGUAUCCCAUCAACUACAGGCCAUGUGUUUGAUGGAAGCAUUUUGUGCUAUUUACAACAACAGUGCCUCCAGACAUUUUUUUGAUCACCAAUGAUGGUUUAAAAUUGUUUAUAGCCAGUAUUACAUUUCAAGAGGUCUUUAUGAACCCCAGAACAUUUAUUAAAUUAUAUACAUGUAUCAUAAGUCAUUUUAAGCAGAGGUAACUAUAAAGUGUGAUUCUUCCUCUGUUUCACACCAUUCUUCCUUUUUAACUAACCUAUUCUACAGCAGUGCAUCCAGUGUACAUAAAAUGAUUGUCUAUUGCAGCAAAUUUAUUGUAUGAAUUUUGAAUCAGCAAUUACUCACAAACUAUUCACACCAGAAAAGGUUUCUAGUAUUAGGAUCAGAAGGAGGCAGAGGACACAAAUCUUUCCUUUGUACUCUUUAGAACUUGUGAUAUAAUCAUAAAUAUGAAUAUUUGUGCUGAUUACAUGCUGAUUUGAAAUAACCUCAAUUCAUUAAUUGUUGUCAGUUUGCACAUUAAUUGAAGGGAGAAUGGUGUGAUAAAAAGGCACCAAACCUCUUUUGUUGUGAAUUUUUUAUUGGGUAUUAAGAGUUUUCUUUUGAGAUAUUGAAUGGUGGCAUGUAGAGAUGGCUUUAUUAAUUUUCAAUGGCCAAAAAAUAUAAAGAGCAAUAGUGUUCUUUCCGUCUUCAGGCUAUCAAUCUUGUAAUUUCUGUUUACCAUAUUGAUGUGAGUUGUUUUGUCAAACAACAGCUUUGCAUGUAAUGUAAGGUCUUUGAUGUGGUCACUAGUGGGGAUUCGGAGAAUGCCUCUGUGCCAUUGGAUGUAUUGUGUUGUGUGGAAUUUAUUUUUGCUUUGUUUCCAUUGUGUACACUUUUAUUGAAUAAGUGUCUCCAUAAUGUAGCCACAAAAAUCAAAUGAAGUAGGUUUUAGAAUUUGUGUUUCCAAGUUUGUGUAAGAUGGAGCUUCAACCCUACAAUUAUUCUCACUGGAUGGUAAAUAAAAUUUCAUGUUUGAGCAAGAGAUCCUUUGAAUGGAAUGUGUCUUGUUGAGUGAUACACAGAAUUCCUUUGUGCAAAAUUAUUCAGAGGAUCAUGAGAGAAUUCAAAACGCAGAAAUGACAUUUACAGUUCUGCUCCUCUUUUUAAAUGAUCGGUUGUUGUCUGAUACAGCUGAAAUGUCUCUAUUGUGGAUACAUUUGUGGGUGGGGGACUGGGUUAGGGUCUGUUGGGUUGCCUCUGACGUAAUUAAUUGACAUACCUUACCCUAUAUGAGAUCAGCAUCAAAUUUUUCGGGAAAAUGGUAACAACAGGUAAGGAAGGAAACUAUUUGAAAUGAUGAAGUCGUUUAAGUUAGAUUUUGCUUAAAACAAACAUUUCUAAAAUACUUUCACUUUAAUACCCUAUACUAAUUUCUGGAAAACUCUUUUGGGUGUGAUACUGGUUCGUAGAUGGCAACUAAUAGACUAAAAAGUUUGUUUAGAAGAUCUCCUUACCUAAGACUUUUUUGUCAUGUGGACUUGGAAAAUUUUGACAAUCAAAGCCUUUAUUUGACCUUCGUUUCCCCUCUCCUCUUCGUCAUAAGUGAGUCUUUUGAAUCUUGAGAACGAGGUUAAACAUGGCGGCGGUGGCGGCUCUUAGGGGUUUAAAAGAUGUGGCACUUCGUACUAUAGACAACUUGGCGUCUGAACUUUAUGAGCUGAACCAGAAGAUUUGGAAAAAGCCAGAACUUGGUUACCAAGAAAAGUAUGCGCAUGAAGUGUUAACUAAAUUCUUAAGUGAUAAGGGAUUCGAGGUAACACCCCAUCAUACUCUGGAUACGGCAUUCCGAGCAGCCAGUGGUCGAUGUACCAGACGAGUUGUAGGGUUUAUUUGUGAGUACGAUGCUUUACCUGGUAUAGGGCAUGCUUGUGGUCAUAACCUGAUCGCCGAGGUUGGGGUAGGUGCCGCACUGGGUAAGUUAAAACCACCGACUUUACAUUAUGUAACACAAUUGUGGGCUGUGCUUCGGAAAUGAAGACUUACCUCGAGCCCUUCGACGUUGUUUUCGAAAUUACUCUGGACCUUAGAGUUGUCAUUGUUGUUGUUGUUUUUUUUCAAUGGUUCUAGAUAUAUCUUAUCCCCUCAAUUUGAUUAUAAAGCUUUUAGGCUUCACUGUAUCCAUCUAAACUAGAGUUUGCAUAGUUCCUCUUUCCUCACAUAAUCCAUUGCACAACAGUACAUAUAAGUGAGGGUUAUUAUAUUUAUUAAUAGUAUAGAUGAAAAAUUAAUGCGCGUCUGGUUGGUUGAAAGCGAGUACAUUUUUUAUGUAACACUAAUGCAAAGUUAUAACAAAAUGUAAAUUACUACUAGCACAUGCGAUGCUAAAAUUUUGUCCAUCUUGACUUUCUAUGAUGUGCUUUUCAUGUAAAUUAUUAACAAGUAACAGCAUGAUUUCUUGUACAAUUUGGUGUAACUAAGCACUGGUAAAUUUUUCAAAGGCUACAAGUUGCACUUGCCCUACAGGCUUGUACAAUUUUGUUGUCCUUGAAAAAUUUACUUCUGCUUAAUGAUAACACCGAAUUUCACUUGAAAUCAUAUUGUUACUGAAGAAAUGUAAAAUGAUUUCUGUGUUUACAUAGCCUGAUGUAAACAUGCGGGAGGUUGGGAGAACACGAGAUAAGCGUAGGAAACCACGACGUGAAGCUGAGGUCCACUGCAGCACAAGCAAGGCUUCUCUAUUUGUUAAUUUUUUUUCACUAAGUGUACACACAGUGUAUUGCAGCUUGCAAGUAAUAACAUUUCUGUUCAACUUCAGGUGUGAAGGCAGCACUUGAUGCAAUUAAGCAAGACCUGGGGAAAGUUGUAGUUCUUGGAACUCCAGCAGAAGAAGGUGGUGGAGGCAAAAUUAAAAUGAUUGAAAAUGGUUGCUUUGAGGAAGUAGAUUUUUGUUUGAUGGCUCAUCCUAAAUCUUUUAGCUGUAUUUAUCCAACAUGCUUGGCAAUGCAAGCUGUUCAGGUCACAUAUCAUGGAGUAUCCUCCCAUGCAAGCGCUUUCCCUUGGGAGGGUGUUAAUGCAUUGGAUGCUGCUGUCAUGGCUUAUAAUGCUGUCAGUGUUUUGCGGCAGCAGCUUAAACCAACAUGGCGUCUACAUGGUGUCAUCACAGAUGGAGGAAAUAAGCCAAACAUUAUUCCUGAAAAGGCUUCAUUGGCAUAUUAUGUGAGAACUCCAACUGAGGAAGAAUUAAUGGUUCUUCGUAGCAAAGCACAUAGAUGUUUCGAGUCUGCAGCUCAGGCCACUGGUGUGUGAAUGAUGCAUAGUCCUUAUUAUCUGCUAUCUCAGAUUAGUCCAUACUAAGAAAAACUAGUUUCCUUGCCCUAAGCAGUUGUACCAAAUGCAGACCAAGCCAGGCAAAUCACAUAUCUAUUUUUACAGCAGUAAAAUAAUUUGAUAAUGUGGUUUGGUUAAUAUUUAUUUUAUUGAAAGGGUUGAAUUGUCUUUAAACUUGUCUCAGUUUGUGCAAACAUCUGAAAUGAAGAACUCAGAUACUUGGUUAAAGUAAAGGGUAAAUUUAGGCUCAGUGCCCCACAGCCUAGAAGCCUAUCCUCUUUUCAAUAUUAAGGAAGGGGUAUUACUAUUUGCCAUUCCCUCUCUCCCCCAUUUGAGUAAAUGUAUUAGGGUUGCAAAGUACAAUGACCUUACCUGGGCUUUAACUUGGACCUCUUGACCAAGUGUGUCUGCUAUUACACAGUGGUGUCUCUCACUCAGAGAUGUAAACAGUAAUUAAAUUAUGUUUAAAUGGACAGAUUUAUUUCAGUUACUUAGUCUUAGUGUACUUUUAUUGUUUCAAUCAAAUUUCUAAAAAUUUUUGUCCAGAGUUUAAUUUUUGCAACACUUUUUGUUAUGUUCACGUAACUGUAGGUUGCACUGUGGACAUUCAUUGGGAUUCUAUGUUCUAUUCCAACUUGGCAACCAAUAAACAGCUUGCAGAGCUCUAUGGAGCAAAUGCACAGGACUUUGGCUUAACAUUUCCACCACGUGAAGAACAAGUAAAGGCAUCAUUUGGUUCCACAGACAUGGGAAAUGUGUCACAUGUUAAACCUUCCAUUCACCCAUACUUUGACAUUGAAACAUCUGCUGCAAAUCACACUCAUGAGUUUACUGCAGCAUCAGGGAGGACAGAAGCUCAUGAUAGGGCAGUUACUCAAGCUAAAGUCAUGGCCAUGACAGCAUUAGAUGUGCUGUGUGAUGAUCAGGCCUGGGAAGAAAUUGUGGCUGACUUUGAGAAAGUUCAUGGAAGGAUGAAACCUAGGCUGACAUGA